UCGGUUUGCUUUACAACGCGGCCUCGCGAGCGCGCCUCAACGUUUCUCUUUGCGACGCCGUUUUAUCGGGAGGCCGCCUCACCCCUGCCAGGACCGAAGGGGUGGUGAGAGGAGCGCGGUCAGAGGUGAAAGGUUCCCCCGGUGGCGGCAGCGCUGCGUGAGGUGCCGCGUCGCCAUGGCCAAGCACCACCCGGACCUGAUCUUCUGCCGCAAGCAGGCGGGCGUGGCAAUUGGAAGACUGUGUGAAAAAUGUGAUGGCAAAUGUGUGAUCUGUGAUUCGUACGUGCGGCCCUGCACUCUUGUGCGCAUAUGUGAUGAGUGUAACUAUGGUUCGUAUCAAGGACGCUGUGUGAUUUGUGGAGGUCCAGGAGUAUCUGAUGCCUACUACUGCAAGGAAUGUACCAUCCAGGAAAAAGAUCGAGAUGGUUGUCCCAAGAUUGUCAACCUGGGCAGUUCCAAGACAGAUCUCUUCUAUGAAAGGAAAAAGUACGGCUUCAAGAAGAGGUGAUUCUACCUGUACGUGGCUGCACCUGCUGUUGGGUUGGCGAGAGGGUCUUGGAACAUCUCUGGACUUUGCUGUUAUUGAAAACCAGUUGAUUAUUUUUCUGAAACAAUACAAAUUCAGUAGUAUACUUGGGGUUGGAGAAGUAACAGACUGAGUGGGGAACUUGAUUAGAGCUGAGUAUCAGUAAGAGCAAAUGAGGCUUGCUAUCUUUUAGCUUUUCAGAAGCUUUGCUAGUACCUGCUCCAGCCCGCUAUAAAAAUCCUGGUGGGCAAGUGGAGGAGGCCAGCUCAGUAAAAGCCAGGAGUCCUUUCUGGUGUAGGGAACACCCUGCAUCUGUUCUUACCAGCCCCCUUCUCAGUUGGUAGAAAUCUCCCCACAUACCGCUACUGAAGAACAGAGUGCCUGUCCCAUGUGUCCAACCCCCCCCCCCCGAUAUUUUCAUGCUGCCCUGUUUUGUAGGGAACCUAGCACUGCUGAUGGCUGGUGCCUUCCUAGGCACACCACAGCUGUUCUGUGUUUUCUUUGACAGAUUAAUCCAAGGCCAUGUAUGUAACUGUUUUUGUAGAAUGCACACCAAUAAAGCUUUUACUUUGUUU